GUUUACUCAGUCAUACUUUCAGGCAUAACAUACGCUGUCAGAUAAACAAUAGAGUCUUCAUUCUCCAGUGAAACUAUGCCCCUAUUAAAAACAGCAUGAUGAUGGAUUUUCAGGUGGAGGGUCAUGGGCGUUAUCAGCAGUGACACAUCACUAACCUGACCAGUGACUUCAAGGAAGUACUUUAAUUGAGAUGCACACCUACUCGUAUCUUUUUGUGAGAAAGUCUUGACAUUUGAUCUCCAUCCUUUUGCCUCUUCGAGUGUGAAUGAACAAGUCAGUCGUCUCUAGUCUCGCACUCAGGAUUUCGCAAUAAACAGGAUGACUUCUCAACAGCCCAGGCCCUUUGUCAUGGCACACACCUCCAACCAGUGGAGCUCUGGAAUCUGUGACUUCUGCCAGAACGUACCUGAGUGUUGUUUCUCAUUUUGGUGCUUUCCCUGUUUUGCCUGUUCGACGGCUCGCAAGCAUGGCGAGUGUCUGUGUCUGCCUCUGCUCGAUGGAUUUGGAUGCAUUCCUCCAAUAACAAUGGCCAUGCGGGUAUCUGUGCGCAGACGCUAUGGAAUCCAGGGUACUAUCUGUAAUGACUGUGCUUACUCCACUUUCUGUGGUGUCUGCGUCUGGUGUCAGAUGUCUCGAGAAAUGAAUGUCCGUGAGCAAAAUGUCACACUCGUCAACAAUCGAGCAAAAUGAAGGCCCUAACCAACAACUUCCUCAUUAUUCUCAGUAUUUUGUACUAGUAACAAAUGAAAUGACCCUCAUUCUUCUCAGGCUCUGUUUACACUAGUGCGUUUUCAUUUAAGUUUUGCUACGGUUACGUCUGUCGUUUACACUACGCCGGCGUUUUCAAACCUCGAAAACACUGCAGACCCUGUUUUAGUUUGAAAACGCUGGGGUUGGGUUUCAGUAUAAACGGACCAAAACGAUGAAAACGAUGGCGUGGCUGCCCACAUUCGCUCUGCGUGUCCUUGAUGACCGUGUAAACAAUAACAUGGAGACUGAACUGCAAUCUUUGCUGGCUUUGUUGUCAUUUUCAGCAGUCAUUGUACAGUUAAAUUGUGUUUUUUUUUAACACUGCAGCUACCUACACGCGCAAGAGGCAACUGUUUACACUUGUACGUGCAUGAACAGUCAUGUGACAUGCGUUUUUGGUCGUUUCUGAAACUCUAGUGCAGACGAGGAUCGUUUUCGUUUUAAAACGAAAACGUACUAGUGUAAACGGGGCCUCAGUGACAUUAGAUCUGCAUCAUUGUACUUGUUCCAUUAACACAUGACAGUUAAGGCAAAACCAUACUUUUUAGGUCAAUUUUUAGAUUUUGUCCUAUUUUAAGUCUUCUUUCAGACUAGUGGAAAGAAAAUAUGCAAAAUACACAUUUAAGUGUUUAUUUUAUGGCAUUUUAUCAAUUUGCAUCUGUAAAUUUCAUUUACAAUAAAGGCUUUAAAGGCUGUUUUCUCUAAAUGAUUUUAUUCUCAUAUAGUCAGAAAUCUCCACUUCAGCAGUUUUGUUCCUUUUUAUAUUCAGAAGGUCUUUUUUUCAUAUAACAUUCAUAUGAUUUAUAUAACAUUUUAUUCCUAAAAAUGUUUUUAUUUUUAUGGUUUAAUUAUUUUUCUGGCUGUUGACAUUUUCUGAUUUAUGAACUGAUGAAAAGAGAAAUCACUCUGUAAAAAACUUUAACUUCUAAUGUGUCAAGAAAAUGAAACCUGGCUUUAGAAUUCAAAAUUCUGUUUAGAAUUGUAUGUAAAUGAAUGCAUAUUUAAUUAGAUAAUGCCUCAUUUGCGUAUUUAAAGAAAAAAAAAUCAGAAAACUUGUAAUACAAAACUAUUGUUUUAAUGUACUGUGAUUAAUCAGCUGGUGAAAGUAUGGUGAUAUCUAUUAGUUUAUUGCCUAAAUAAAAGCAGUUUGAUGGUCA